AUGCCAGCCUUCCUCUCACUCGACCUCGUCCUGCUGAUCAUCCACCGUGUCAUCGACCGCGACCUGUCCGACGAGGACUGGCUCGCUUACCGGCGACGACUUGAUGGGCUCUGCCUCGUCUGCAAGGACUUUCGGGACGCGGUGCAGCCGGUGUUGUGGAGGACAUUGCGUGUUAAGAGGCUAGAGCAGUUUCACCAGGCGGCUGGGAGGGAGGGGAGGAACCGGCACCUCCUCAAGCAUGUCCAGGAGAUGCGGGCGGGCGACGGUUCGCGAGCAGGUCGGGAUGCGCCAGAAGAGCCGGACGAGGCUUCGUUCAUCGUGCGGUACUACCUGCCGAACUUGCGGCAGUACUCGUCGACUUGGUUUGGGCGCAAGCAGGUGUCGUUGGAGGGAUUCGGGUUGUUUGAGCGUCUAACGACCCUGCGACUCUACGGCCACCGACUGAGCGAAGCUCCGCUCGACUUGCGACUUCCGGCGCUCCAGAUCCUCUCGCUCGACUCGUGCGACGGUCCCUACGCCUCUUUCCAGCGCCUACUUCUACCUGAAACUACGCCUCGCUUGCAGAAGCUGCACACGAGCCGGCUACGGAUGCACAUGCCCGCCCUCUCGCCGUUCACGACCGACCUAAGUCGCCUGCGAUACGCCCUCGUUACUGGAGCGAAUGACGGACUCGACGCGCUCGACUUCCUUGGGCUGGACGAAACGCCGGUCGUCGUCAAGACUUGGCAUAUCGAAACCGGUCUCGACGACUUCGACCUCUUCUUCCAACUCACUCCGGCAUUCCAUCUCCAAUUGUACGCCUCACCUUGGCGCCGCUUCUUCGGCAGCGACUACACGCAACAGAACGAGGAGCUCGACCGCAUCGUCGACGACAUGAUGCUCCUCGUCUCGCACGGCCGCGUCAAGUCGCUCCUCCUUCCCUCGGAUUUCGACGAUACGACCUGGUUCACCUGCCGAUGGACUCGCGCCGCCUUUUUCGCACUCCUCGAGUCCUGUCACGACUUUGACGUGCCUGUGGUCGUCUACGACGAGUCUGAGCGGAGGACGGACGACUUUUCGCCCGCGUUCGAGCGCUUUUUAGCUUCGAGCGGCGAUGCCGACUUUCGAGAAGGGCUGCUUGACAAGAACGCUGAGCGCGUGCGGAUCUGGUCGGAGUACACGGCCGAGAAAGGCCUGCAAAUCCCGCCCGACCGACCUUAA